AGAUUUUCUGGAGUUAUGAUCAUUCCGGAAAAAUAAAAAUGAAAAUCGUUCAGUAACAAAAUAUUUUUGGUUAAUCACACGUUUGGGUAUAAAAUUUCUUCGAAAAUUGUAUUCUCUAACAAAUCUAAAUUGACGAUGCGGUCUUUGAGAAAGAACUUUUCUCAGUUGCCGAUGGCGGUAAUACAGAGGUGUCCACAUUCGCAGAGCCCAGGGCUUCUUUCGGCCAUUGGCUCUUCGAACGUACUAAGCUCCAAUCGUUGCUUGGACACAUUGUAUGGUGCAGAGUCAUGUGAAGAUUGCGCAGAGUCAUACAGAAUAUCUCCAGCCCGAACUGACCUUAAGAAGAUGGAAAAGCCAGAUCCCUUUAAAAACAAGGAUCCAUGCUGGCAAUCACUUCGUCGUACGGAGUACAAGUGCCGCACUGAUCCCGAGUUUUUGCUGGAUGCAUUCAUUGAUGCAAAGAAGAAAUGUCUCCAGGACCCCUGUGCAUGGGAUGUACCCCGUGCUGAUUUAACCUACUACAGGCCGUCCGACAAAUUAAAGCGCAAGUAUCCACGCACUUGGAUUAAGUGUGUGGUGAAGCGGCGCAAAGUUAAGAUGCAGUGUGCCUGGAAGCCCGUUCCACACGAGCGUCGCAAGUUCCAACGUAUACACAAGACAUCGACCUGUGAAGCGGACGCCUGCGCUUUAGGUGCCCCUCAUUUAAAGCUACAGAUCUGCAGACCUCCAGAAAAAACGACGUGUCCACGUUUAACAAUGCCAUUUUGUAAGACAAGCGUUGUUCCACCCAAAUGCAAAACUAGCGGCAGAAAGCCAUCAAAGUGCCGCAAGCGUUUAACCAAGUACCCUGCAUUCUCAGAGUGCCUUAUAGAUCCGUUACCGACAGCACCACCCGUCGAAUGCAAAUGCCUCAAGACCCCGUCAAUGUGCAGUAUUUGGGAAUACUUCCGUAACAAGAAAUCCUAGAUGAAUUCAGUUAAAUGACGGAUAAAAUUACUUUAAAAUAUUAAUGUCAAUAAUAAAAUAUGCUGAGCCACAUA